AUGGAUCCUACCUCUACAGCACAAUCGUUAGUAUACGGUUUUGAUGAGCUUAAUUCAAUAGAUUUAAUAAAUGAUGAAUUAUCCGUCAAAUUGGAUGAAUUGUCAUCUUUAGAGGCAUUACAUAGAUUCGCAUUAUUAUUUCCAACUCUGAACGGAGAUACAAAAGCACAAUUACUUAGUAAUCUUCAGCGACUUCUUUACAAGGAAGAAGACAAGGAUGUUAAGAAUCUUGUUAUUAUACUAUUGGAAAAAUUAAUACAUGAUCAAUCUAUCGAUCGUGUAAAAAUACUUGAUGUUUUAAUUAAUCAGAUCGAAAAUAUAAAAUCCCAUCUACCUUCAAUAAAUACUUUGCAAUUGCUUUGUGUGCAAGCAAGUAAUGACCUAACCGAUUUACAUUAUAGCAUCCGAUCUGUAUGUAUCGGUUUGCUAUCAACGUUAUUACCCAUAAUUAUUAAUAUGGAAGUGAAGGAUGGUCUGAGUAAUUUAAAUACAUUAGAUUUUAUGAAUGAAAUACAAAUUCGAAAUAUGAUUCUUCGUUUUGGAGAAGACCCUGAUCCAAGAGUUCGAACUGCUACAAUAAGGGCGUUUCUUCACCUACAUCAACGUGGUUGUAAACUAGAUUUAUCAUUAUACAACUUGUGCGUCACUUGUUUAACCGAUGAUUCAGAGGAAGUUCGUUUUGAAGCGGUUUUGAGUACCAUUUAUUCUCAAGAAAUGAGAAAUUGUGCAUUGGAUGAUGGUAAUUUUCAAAAUAUCCGAUUAUUAGAUGAUGCUUUUACCAAAAUUUGCGAUAUGGUAAAUGAUAGAUCUGUAAAGGUUCGAAGUAAGGCAUGUACUAUAAUGGGAAGUUAUCACCAAGUUGAUGGAUCAAUUCUUCUUGAAACAUUAAGUCAGGAGAUUAUUACUCAUGGAAAGUUUUGGAAGCCUUCUACUAGCCAUAGUAAAACCAAAAAAUCUAGGUUUAUUCCAACUCCUGAGGGUGAUUUAGAUGUAGAGUCAGCAGAAUUGCGUAUUUUGAAGUCUAGUGCUUGUGGAGCAUUUAUUCAUGGUUUAGAGGAUGCAUACCAGGAUGUUCGUAAUGCUGCAAUUGAUUCGAUAUGUCAAUUAUGCAUGCACAAUGAAAAAUUUUCAAAACGUUCAGUUGAAUUUCUUGUGGACAUGUUUCAGGAUGAGAUUGAUUUCGUACGGUUGAAUUCCAUCAAUAGUCUCUGCAAGAUUGGCGCACAAUAUCCCAUCGAAUUGGAUUCCGAAUUAUUGCAAAUUACACUUAGUGUACUUAACGAUGCUGAUCCUAGGGUUCGAGAGUCUACACAUGGAAUGUUAGGAGUUGCGAAGCUAAAAUCUUCUGAUUUAAUACCCAUUUUUAUUAAAUCGUUAUUAGCCAGUAUGACUAGGUAUCCAGAAGAUCAGUUGUCAAUUUAUCAAUGCUUCAGACGUGUUGGAUCAACACAUGGCGAUUAUAUUGAGCGUUUUGUUCCAAAAUUUUUCAAAAUAGAAUCAAGCUAUAUCUCCAAAGAAAUCAAUCAAAAUGCACCUGAACAUGUUGGACAUUUAAUUCUAGCAUUCAAUGCAUCAAUCUCAAAUCCCAAGAUAUUAUCCAUGCUGCCUUCAUACACUAGUCGACAUUAUGAGUACCUUCGUAUUAAAUUUCCACAAUGCUUUCCGGAUGUUAAGCUUCCUGGUGAAACUCCUAAACAAAGUAUUCAAUCUACAAACAAUGAUGAGCAUAUACAAUCAUUUAUGGAAAAUACAAUAAAAGCCGUUCUCGAAUUAAAACGUUUGUUCAAGGUUAGAGAUUUUAAAGCUGUAAUGCGGGGCAUCAAAUGCUGUAAAAGCAAUUUGAAAUAUAUAUCGCAUGUACCUUUGUUUUCUGGAAAUGCUAAAUUCUUCUUAAAGUAUUUAAGCUGUAUAAAGGCCCUUAUUAAAAUUAAACAAACUUACAUAGGAGUAAAUUCUAUAAACUCUGAGACAGAUACAGCAAUAAAUUUGUUAACACUUUCUUAUAUUAUGGAAUACGGCUUUCUGGGGCUUGAGAGAGUUUUUGGUUAUGUUGUUAAUGUUGUCCUUAGAUUUUCGACUCACAGUCAAGUGACAUCUAUGAGCCAACAAAUGCUCCUGAACUCCUUUAACAAACGUGUGACAGAUGUGCAAAGACAAUUCGAAGGACAUGAACCUUUGAUAGAUGAAAUGUCUCGUGUUCAAAAAAAACUCACGCAAGUCACGAUGGAACCUACGAUCAUUAAUAUGAUAUCUUUAUUUGAUUAUAUCUUGGAUUUCAAUAUUUUGGAAAUUGGUCUCAAUAAUGCAGUUAAAUGUUCUGAGGCUACGAUAAUACGACCAGUUUCCAAUCCAGCUCCAGCUCCUCCGAAAGAUUUUCAAUCUCAAUUUCCUCUCACAAUUAAUGUUGAAGCGGAAGUUAACAACGUGGAUGAUGCAAGUACAUUGGCUGUUCAGAUAAUCUUACCGGAUCAAUCUAUUCAACAUUUUCGACCGUCAUCAGCUGACUUGGUAGUGACACGACCAAAUAAUUUUCAGUUAAAAACUCGAAUUGAUAUUUCUCUAAGCGCUUGGACAGGUCCAUCUUAUAUCCAGCUCAAGAUAGUUCGUGACUUUCAGCCUGAUAUUCCUGACUUGGAUAAGCAAAUAAUGCGAACAGAAAGUACAUUAGAUCUUUCAGAUGCAAUUAAAUUUUAUAUAUGGCCAAAAGAUUCGUCUAAUUGG